CUUGCUUUUUACCAUCCUUAAAUAUGUCAAACUAUAUUAUAGUCUUUUUUACACCACUAGUGUGUGUGGAUCUGAACCUCUAAUAUAUUUACUCUGCCAUCCUCAAAGACUUCUCAUAUUUCCAUUUCUCUUUAUUCUCUGCACCACAUUUGCUCCAAGAGAAAAAAAAAAUGAGAUCCAUAGAUGACAAGGAGUGCUCCAACAAUGCCGCCACCGCACAACCGGAAAGUCCGGCUUUCGAGUUCCAAAAGGGCGCCACUACGAUGAAACGCGGGCCCCACCAUCGAACGGCUCUCGGAAAACCGGCACCGUCAAAAUGGGACGACGCUCAGAAGUGGCUAGUUAAUCUUUCGAGGGGAGAUCAAAAGAAUCCGGCCCAUAAGGCGUCGCCGCGUAACUCGAACGCCGACGACGCGAGAUUGAUACCGUCGCACGUAGUAGAUAUUAGCCAAUGCGAUGACGUCGUCGAGACGAAGAACGUAGUAGAUUGUGAAGAUUCGAUGUGGAGAAGCAGUAAUAGUAAUAGUAAUAGUAAUAGUAAUAGUGAUAGUAAUAAUAAUAAUAAUCCGGUUAUUAGUUUUGCGAAAAGGGCGCCGAUUUUAUUGAGGGAUAUGGGUACGGAAAUGACACCGAUCGGAAGCCAAGAGCCUUCUAGAUCAGCUACACCCGUGAGGGUUAUUAGUCCGUCGAGAACCCCCGUUUCAUCUGGACCGUCCACUCCCGUGAUGACGACGGGUCGAAAUCCGGUGGUGGUGGCGAGUGAUCUAAUUGAGAAUAGUGGUGCACAAUCAAAUGCAAUUAACGAUCAAGGAUCGAGCCGCGGUGCCAACUCGAUUAUUGAUCAACCGAAGGGUCUUGAUUGUUCGACCGAGAUGAAUCCACUCGAAAAACGAGCCGCGGCUUGGGAUGAAGCCGAGCGUGCUAAAUACAUGGCAAGGUACAAGAGGGAAGAGGUGAAGAUUCAAGCAUGGGAAAAUCAUCAGAAAAGAAAAGCCGAAAUGGUGAAUCGAAAAGUAGAGGUGAAGGCAGAGAGGCUGAAAUCGCGAGCGCAAGAGAAGUACAAGAGCAAGCUAGCGUCGAGCCGGAGAAUAGCAGAGGAGAAACGAGCGAAUGCGGAGGCGAAGCUCGACGAGAAAGCGGCCAAGACUUGUGAGAGAGCUAAUUAUAUAAGAAGAACUGGACAUCUUCCAUCUUCCUUCUCUUUUAAGCUGCCUUCAUUUUGCUGGAAUUAGCAUUUACAUUGUGUACUUUAAACUUUGUUUAAUUAUUCCAAGUGUGUAUUCUUUCUAUUUAAUUGUGUUUAUUGUUAUUAUCAACUAUA